ACAACCUUUUUUUAGUUUUGAAUCAAUUUGCUAUUUCUUAAUUAUAUUUACUGAGUUUACAUUAAAACAAAAAUGCGUUACAGGUCAAUGAGAUAUAUUUACUACGCGGGUAUCUUACUGUUCGUCGGUAACUUGCUAAGUUCGUGCGUCGUCUUCCUCCACGUUCAUAACACUACUCACUUCUUCCUCGUCAAUCCUUUAUCACGUCUUUCCGCUGGCAAAGAUACAGAAUGCCACAGAAAGAGGAAUGAGAACAGCGUUAACAUUUCUAGAGCCAGUUUCUUUUCACCACAAUCGAUAUUUUUCCACUCCACAUCUUGUAGUAAAAUAGUUCAGGAUUACGAAGCGUGUGCUAUCGAAGCGGCGGCCAGACUCCAUCCUGAUACAGAAAUAAAUCUUUUAUACACUAGUCCGAUAUCACGAAGCACUUGGAGUGAUAAUUUGGACCAAUUGGUGAAGUUUGACAACUUCCGUCUAAUCGGUAUCCAUUUGCUAACUUACGCUGAUGGUACUAAAUUUGAAGAGUUCUGGAAAAAAGGCGUAAUUCACAGCAGAAUAGGUAAUCAAGAAGAAAUAGCUGAGUACGUUAAAUUCUUGACUUUACACAAGUUCGGUGGUACGGUCUUGGAGCUGGACGUUAUUGUUAACAAGCCUUUAGAUGAUUUAGGAGUGAAUUGGAUGGUAAAAAAUGGAGAUGGUUUCCUGGCUACGGACGCUAUCUCUAUCAGGAGAUCCAAUAUUGGUCGGAAUAUUACAGGAACUAUUUUGAGACUCCUCAGUGAUCAAAUGUUGAAAGGAAGCAUCAACGGGAGUCUGGCUUUAACUCAGGCAGUUUCAGACUUGUGUCCAGGUCGGGAUUUCAGCGUGAAACAAGUAGAACCAUGUUACGGUUUUGAGAUAGUUGAAGACAUGCUGUUCCAUCCAAUAAGUCGUGAAAACGGACAUUACUUUCACCAAUCUGGAAGUUACGAUAGGAAGGCGUUCGCCCAUAGACUAUGGUACUCUGAUCGGGCAGAUAGAGUGAUAUCACAUCGAUCGUUGUACGCUGACUUAGCACGGACUUUUUGUCCGUCAGUAUUUUCUAAAUUAAAUUAUGAUUAUUAAUGCAUUUUUA